AUCCAUUGAUUUGUUUGUUUUGUAUUUCUGUCUACAUUUCGUAGUUCUUUAUUUAAUAAUUUAUUUAUUUGUUAAUAACACUUAAAAAUGUCCACUCCAUCCGAUCAAUAUGAAAGAGAAAAUAUUAUUAAUAUUAUGAUUGCCACAGAUAAUCAUUUGGGUUAUUGCGAAAAAGAUCCCAUAAGAGGAAACGAUAGUUUCAUUGCAUUCGAAGAAAUUCUUGAACUUGCCGUCGAAAAAGAUGUUGAUUUCAUUCUAUUGGGUGGCGAUUUGUUCCACGAUGCUACUCCCAGUCAGAAUUCUUUGCACAAAUGUUUAAAGCUCCUGCGACAGUAUACGCUAGGGGACAGACCAAUAUCUGUUGAGUUCCUAUCCGAUCAGUCUCUGGCGUUCCAUGACGCUCUAAAUCAAACUGUUAACUACGAAGAUCCCAACAUAAACGUAUCCAUUCCAGUAUUUUCUAUUCAUGGCAAUCAUGAUGAUCCAAUUGGUUUGGGGAAUCUCAGUGCCCUAAACAUUCUAGCUACUACAGGUCUUAUCAACUACUUUGGUCGCUGGACCGAUCUCAGUCAAGUUGAUAUCAAUCCAAUUUUGUUGAAAAAAGGCGAAACCCAAAUAGCUCUCUAUGGCCUUUCGCACAUAUCCGAUGCCCGCUUAUGCCGUCUCUUCCAAUCGGGUAAAGUUAUAAUGGAACAGCCUGAUGAAUCCGCAGGAGAGUGGUUCAAUCUGAUGGUUAUUCAUCAGAAUCGUGCCGAUCGAGGAAGGAAAAACUAUAUUCCCGAAGAGAUUCUUCCAGAUUUUUUGGAUUUGAUACUUUGGGGUCAUGAACAUGAUUGCCGCAUUGAAGCCGAAGUUAAUACAAAGAAGAAUUUCUUUGUAACUCAACCAGGUUCUUCAGUAGCAACAUCAUUGGCAGAAGGUGAAUCUUUACAGAAAAAUGUAGCAAUCCUUCAAAUUCUGAAUAAGCAAUUCCAAAUUAAACCAUUGCCUUUGAAAACUGUGCGUCCAUUUAUUUUCGAAUCGAUAACUCUGAGUGAUUUCUCGGAAGAACAUGGAUUCGAUCAGGCUGAUGCCGCUGAGAAGGUGCAGAAUUUAGCAAAAGAGAAGAUGGAAGAAAUGAUUAAGCGAGCAGGAGAACGUCUCACUGACCAUCCAAAACAACCCAAACUACCUCUGAUUCGUUUAAGAAUUAUUUAUAAUGAUGAAGCCCAGAUGUUUAAUGCCAUUCGGUUUGGCCAACAGUACAAUGAAAGAAUUGCCAAUCCAGCUGAUGCUGUAGUCUUUAAAAAAAUUAUCAAGAAAACAAAGUUUGAGACUAAAGAUUUUGAUAAAGAUGCCAUGUCGAAUGCUUUCAAAAAGGAGGAAGUUGAAAGUGAGGCAAAGGUCGAGGAUGUUGUUGAUCGAUAUUUUGAUGAAGUCGACGAAGAUAAGAAACUUCAAGUAAUUAGUUCGAAAGUUCUGUCUGAAAUGUGCUUCAGGAUGGUUGAGAAAAAUGAUGCAAAUGCAGCGGAUACUAUUCUUCAAUUAUUCCAAGAAAUGGCCGUUGAUCAUUUAAUGACCAAACUUCCCAAUGAAGAUAACAUUGACGAUGAACUUAAAGCGUGUCGCGACAAUGGAGCGGAAAACCACGAAAAAAUUAUAAAAUUGCUCGAAGAACGUGGUACUACAAAGAAAGUUAGAAACGAAGAUGUCGAUUCGAUUUUUGGUUUGUCGGAAAAACUGCCCGAAAAGAAAGCCCCAGCAUCUCGCAAAACUAAAGCUACAUUUGACAUCAUUGACGAUGACGAUGAAAGCACACCACCACCAACAACUUCAACAACACGAGGAAGAGGACGAGGCAGAGGAGCGGCACGAGGUGGUAGAGGAAGUAGGGGUGCUAGAACCAUGCCUCAAUUGGAUAUUUCAAUGGGAUCAAAAACAAAUACAUCUACAAGGCAACCAACAUUGCUCGAUGCUAUGCAGAAGUCAUCUAGAAUAAGAGCUGCACCUAAAGUAGUCUAUGAUAUUUCUUCAGAUUCUGAAUAAGUUUUGUUAUUUUUUUGUUAAAUAAAUUCGUUAAAUAAAAAAAGUUUUCAUUCCAUUAAA